GGGGCAGGCCGGCCCGGAGCCGCGGCGCUUCCUGGUGGGGCAAUCCGUCUGAUGGGAUACAAGGUUUUUUUUUUAAAGGAAUAUAAACAUUAGGAAUUCCAGCACUUCAGAAACAUCUUGUUAAUGCAUUCUUUCGGAAGAAUAAGGGAUGUGGUUCACUAUCAAACGUGGAUGAAAACCACUACUGUAUCUUGCCAUUAAUUUGGAUCAAAGUGCCCUUGAAUCUGCAAGCAAAGUUAUUUAUCGCUGACCCACGAUGAAAAAGUUCACAGGUCCUCGUCGGUCUGUUAAUCCUGCUGGUGAUACAUUGGAGCCAGGGUCACAGCCUUUUCACUUGUGAGCCCAUAACCAUCCACUGGUGUGAAGGUCUCUCCUACAACAUGACAUUUUUCCCCAACAAAUUGGAACACUAUGAUCAGGCCAUUGCAUUGGUUGCAAUGAAGCCGUUCCAGCCUCUUAUCAACCUGCAUUGUUCGCCGGAUGUGAAAGCGUUUCUGUGCAGUGCCUUUGUGCCGGCCUGCACUGAACAGCUUUGGAUCGACCAGCCUUGUCAAAAGCUUUGUGAGAAGGUUUUCCAGGACUGCGAAAAGCACAUCAAGACGUUUGGGAUCACGUGGCCAGAGGAGUUGCAGUGUGAUCGGUUGGUAGAUUGCGUUGAUGGCCAGCACUCUCCAGCAGUAGGUUCGACUUCAAGAUCAGUUACAGAGAAGACAUCACAAACGGUGGUGAAGGAUUAUGGAUUUUGGUGUCCACGACCUCUGAAAAACCCCACUGGUCAUGGCAGUUCAUUUCUUGGCGUAGAUGACUGUUUGCCACCAUGUCCUAACAUGUACUUCAAAGAAGAUGAGCUGAACUUUGCUAAAUAUUUCAUUGGAGUUGUUUCCAUGUUUUGUCUGUGUUCGACACUCUUUACAUUCUUGACUUUUCUUAUCGAUGUCAGAAGAUUUCGCUACCCUGAGCGACCCAUCAUUUUCUUCGCAGUUUGCUAUAGCAUGGUGUCUCUGAUGUACUUUGUUGGUUUCAUUGCUGGUAAUAACAUAGUCUGUAACAAGGCUGAUGAGAAAUUGGGUACCAUGGAAACUGUUGUCAUCGGUGCACAGAACAAGGGAUGCACACUCCUUUUUAUGUUGCUAUAUUUCUUUACCAUGUCAGGAACUGUGUGGUGGGUGAUUUUGACCAUAACCUGGUUCCUGGCAGCUGGACUGAAAUGGAGUUGUGAAGCCAUUGAACAGAAAGCUUUGUGGUACCAUUCUGUUGCUUGGGGAAUGCCUGGAAUAUUCACAAUAAUGCUGUUGGCCUUGAACAAAGUUGAAGGCGACAAUAUCAGUGGUGUAUGCUUUGUUGGACUAUACGAUUUGAAUGCUUUGCGUUAUUUUAUCCUGACACCAUUGUGCCUCUGUGUGGUGGUGGGGUUGUCACUGUUGUUGGCAGGAAUCAUAUCCUUGAAUAAUGUGCGGCAAGUCAUCCAACAUGACGGAAGAAAUCAGGAGAAGUUGAAGAGAUUUAUGAUUCGAAUUGGUGUUUUUAGCGGGCUGUACUUGGUGCCAUUGGUUGCUCUCCUGGGAUGUUAUAUUUAUGAACAAACUCUUCGGACAACUUGGGAAACUACGUGGGUUCACGACUACUGUCAAGAUUAUCCCAUUCCAUGUCCCAACCAGGUAGAAACUCUGACAAGACCUGAUCUGUCUCUUUUUAUGAUGAAAUACCUGAUGACUCUAAUUGUCGGUAUACCAGCAGUAUUUUGGGUUGGCAGCAAGAAGACCUGUUCCGAAUGGGCCAAUUUCUUCCAGAGAGCUCGCAAGCGAGACCCGAUAACGGAAAGCCGCAGGGUGCUGCAGGAGUCCUGUGAAUUUUUCCUAAAGCACAAUUCCAAAGUGCAGCACAAGAAGAAACAUAAGUCAAGUUCCCAUAAACUCCGGGUCAUCUCCAAAUCCAUGGGGACAUCCACCAUAGGUGUGGCAAGUCAUGGCACCUCCUUGCUUGCAGCAGCUCCAGGAUCACUGUCAGAAGCAAAGCCUUUUCUUGAAGUCAGCGAGCAUGAUGCUCUCCUGCCCGAAAUGCCUUUGACAUUGAAUGUCUCGGCUGGCAAACAAGCUUCAGUGAGUGUAUCGGGCCACGUAAUGUCUGCUGAGUUACAGGAGAAAAGAAACAAAGAAGACAAGAAUUCCGGUGGAAUCAGCAUCCAGUCUGAAAGCUUGCAAUGUGUCCCAGAUGGAAGAUUAACACCAAGUGGCAAUGAUGCUGAGGAACCUACUUCGCAAAGUAGCUAUGUCCAAGUGCCACACUAUUCACAUCCCACCAGUAGCAAGGGUUGUGCUUCUCUCCUUGUACAUGCAUUGCCGCAAUUCAGCAAAGUUGAAGACGCUGAGAAUGAUGUGUCAAAUGCCUGAGGAUGCAUGCUUUGAACUGUUUAGCUUUACAUUCCUUUGUAAAAUAUUUUGAUCAUAACAUACUCUUUGUGAACUUAGUACUUGCUAUACGAUAUUUUGGACGCUACAUGCAGCUUUUUAUAAGAUGCCGUUUAAGUAUGUUACAUCUUAAAUAGUUUGUAGAAAAGUAAGCGUAAUGUUUAAUAUAAAUCAGCAGUUACUACAGGUUUUAAAACUACCAUAAAAUAGCAUGUUAAAUCAUUUUUAUACUUCCAAGCAAAGUAUUUUUGAUGUUAUGGUGGUCCUUAUUUUCUACUUAAAUUUUAGUUUUGUGUAAAGGGGAGAAAAUUAGUCUAGUGAAUAUUUUGCCUUUUUUGUGCAG